UUAUUUCGAAUAGAAAACGAGUGGAGGGAGCGAUUCGUUAUUUCGUCAUUAGUUUUAUUUUUCAAUUACGUUUUUCCCCCAAAAAAUGCCUCGUUUUAUGAGUCAUUGGGGACUGACCGAAUGGGAUUUUAAGUGAAAAUGUUUGUGCAAUAUUCAUCAGAAGAAAUCAUGGAGAAAAUAAAUUUUCGAGAAACAUUUAUUUCUGUGUUGAUCUUGGAAUAUUCGUGUACGAUUCUUAUUUAUAAAUUUUCAUGCGAGUAAGCAUGACUCUUCCAUAUGCUAGUUUUGUCGUACUAUUUCCGGUCGAACGAGCCCGGGAAUGCGAAAUUCGCGGUGCAAGACGAAACCGAAAAUCUCGAUGUCAUAGGUUCGUUAAAAAAAUUGCACUCGCGUUUUGUUUUUGCUGAAAAGUAAGAAAAAGAAAAGCAGUGAAUGACGGUUUUCGUUUGUUCUGUAAACACCGAAAACGCGCUGUCUCGUUUUGGCAGGAAUCACCCGAAAAAAAUGACAAAUUUUUUCUUCCUCGCUCGUUUUGCAGUUAUUUAUAGAGAGAAUAGCUAAUUGUGUAGGCCCAAUUACUAAAAUUGGAUUAGGGGCCGAUUGCCCAGUAGGACGUGGUCGUUUCUGACGUCAAUUCGAAGCGUUCUAUGUGUAGCGCUGUUUCGCGCGACGACACCAAAAUUAAUAGUAACGAGAGAACAAAUUUUACGAGACUCCAAACUCCAUCGUUGCUGCGUGCGUAAACAAGCUUCGUUUGUUGACUCCAAAAAUCAGAUAACAUUCGAAAAGUUGUUUACACCGACGAAACAAACAUUCGAAAUUCAUUUGCCGGUAUCCAUUGACACUAAAACGUCACGAAGAAAAAAAAAUGUUUUCUCCUUUUGUGUUAAAUCGUUUGAGAAUUCUAGAAUUCUAGAAUCGCAUGAAAAGAUUUUUUAACAAAUGAUAAUACACCGUGAAGAAUUCGAACGCGUGUGAUAUUACCGACGCUCCUCGCAGUCAUCUGCUCGUUACCUUAGCAUAUUAUUUAUAUCCUAUACGACCCUUGAGGAGAGUCAUAAGUAAGUGAGUUGUGAUCGAACGCUGCCAAAACUCGAGGUAUCGGAAUAAACGUGGGAGAGAGAGACAGCGGAGUCAGUCAAAAGCGAGGUCUUAGCUCGAAGAGUACGUGAAAGCAGUGCCCGAAGGGGACUUGCUCGUGAUUUCGUUUAAUAACAGGAAAGUGAAUCCUUUAGCGCACGCGAUUAGUAAAACAUGAAAAACCUAACGGGACAAAGGAGAAUAAAAAGGGGCGUGCGUCUGAUUGCGGAUCCCCGUUGAAGCAAGUUCGAAUUUUGUCCAACGUGCUCGGGCCUUUCCGAUCAUGAAAAAGCCCCAAGAAAAUCAUGUACGUCAUUGUUAUCGUCAUUAUAAUACUGUAUUACGAGUUUCGUGUUGCCGAAUACAUCGUUGUUCGCAUGUUCGAUUAAUACCGAUUGUCAUAUCCUUGAGUUAUUAACACCGAAAAAGCGCCGUUGAGGCUUCCGCGACGAGAUUCGACGCAAUUGAAAAGUCAGCGGACAACAAACGGACCGAAAUCGUCGCAAAUGAUACGACGUCGAAAUCGCCCUUUCGACGUAAUCGCGAUAGAGAUCGAUCGUUGCGAUUGGCUCGAUCGAAUCUCGCGGAUCGGGGAUGCCAUGGAAAGAGACAGGCAGAAAGAGUUGGUGCAUAAACAAUAGUCUCCGCAUCUCCCCCGAUGCAAAGCCACAGUAGCUAGUGGUCUAAAAAUAAUGUUUUUCCAACUGUUGCCAAAUUUCGAUGAAUUCAACGAUAGAGCAAGACGACGAGGGCGAAGGCGAAGACGACGAAGACGAGGAAGGAGGCUGAGCCGAGAAGUGUGCGUGCAUCGGUCCUCGCAUCUCGUCUGAGUUUUAGAGUCGCCGAAACUUUCGGCGACGUCGGUCAGUUCGGCCUCGUUCAUAUAUAGACAAACGCCGAGCGCGCGAAUGAAUCCCGAAAGUGCGAUUGUAUCGCGAGAUAAACUUUUACGCGUAUUCCAACGAAUAAUAGCCUUCAAAAGCAACCGGAAAAAAAACCUUCUUUUCCCCUCGUCCCGAACUUGUACUCUCCUCCGCGCGACUUCUCGCCGUUUCUCGUGAACGAUUCUUCUUACGGAAAAUGUUAAAUGCACCCUCGACGAUCCCCAGUGGUCCGUGCGGCUUUACCGACGCCUCAGUUACCUGAGGAUCUUUAAAGUAUUUUUUCCAACUGUGGGAUUCCCCGGAUCCCGAGGAGCCGGGCUCUCGUCCACGCACCAACAGGAAUCCCCCAUUCUCAUGCCGGCCUCUUGCCUUAACAGGGCCUACUUCGUCUGUAACGAUGACUACGUUAUGUAUGGUCGGUACACGAAAGAUCUCGGUGAAUUUGCUAAAGAAGAAGCACGAAGGCUCAAAUCGCACGAGAAAGCGAGACGAAAGCUCGACAAGGUCAGGGCCGAGGAUCUCAGAAAAUCGAGACGAGGGCCGCUGUGCAAGAAGCUCGUCGGACUUCUCGCUUUCGCGUGGAAACACACAGGCGCAAGAUUGGGCGAAGACUGGGUAUUCCUCGCACUCCUCGGCGUCAUCAUGGCGUUGUUGAGUUAUUCGAUGGACCGAGGAAUUUCUAUGUGCAACAACGCCAGGAUAUGGCUGUAUCAGGAUCUGACGUCGCAUCCGGCGCUUCAGUAUCUCGCGUGGGUGUCACUGCCGGUCUGCCUGAUCCUGUUCAGUGCAGGUUUCGUGCACAUUGUAGCGCCGCAGAGUAUCGGUUCGGGAAUCCCGGAAAUGAAGACAAUACUGCGGGGGGUGGCUUUGAAAGAAUAUUUGACGUUUCGAACGCUGGUAGCAAAAGUGGUGGGGCUGACGGCGACGCUGGGUUCGGGUUUGCCGCUCGGGAAGGAAGGUCCGUUCGUGCACAUCGCGAGUAUCGUCGCGACUCUUUUGUCCAAGCUGGUUACGAGUUUCCAAGGGAUUUACGAGAACGAGAGCAGAAACUGCGAGAUGUUGGCAGCGGCGUGUGCGGUUGGCGUGGCCUCCUGUUUCGCGGCACCGAUCGGUGGCGUGCUCUUCAGCAUCGAAGUAACCACCGUUUACUUUGCGGUGAGAAAUUACUGGCGGGGUUUCUUCACCGCGGUGUGCGGGGCAACGAUGUUUCGACUGCUGGCGAUCUGGUUCCAACGGGAGGAAACGAUAACCGCUAUGUUCGUUACGAAUUUCACGAUGGAUUUUCCGUUCGACCCUCAAGAGCUUUUCGCCUUUGCUCUCAUCGGGGUCGGCAGCGGGUUGCUCGGCGCUUUCUACGUCUGGCUCCAUCGUCAGUACGUCAUUUUCAUGCGGAAAAACAAGAGCAUGAACAGUUUCCUUCAAAAAAAUCGAUUUCUCUACCCAGGCAUCGUUUCCCUUCUCGUAUCUUCCGUAUCUUUUCCCCUAGGGCUGGGUCAGUUCAUGGCCGGUGAUUUGAACACCCACGACCAGGUGCACGGACUGUUCACCAAUUUUACGUGGACCAAGAGCGACCUUAGCGUCGAAGAGAUGAGCGUCGUCAAGCACUGGUCGACCCCUAAUUCAGACGUCUUCGUCGGGCUUUUGGGCUUCGUUCUUUUCACAUUCGUAUUCUCCAUCAUAAGCUCGACGGUGCCCGUGCCUUCGGGUAUCUUCAUUCCAGUUUUCAAAAUCGGUGCUGCCCUCGGACGUGCCGUUGGCGAGGGGAUGGCCCUGUGGUGGCCAACGGGCGUUCGCUACGGUGGUAUCAUAACGCCGAUCAUACCAGGUGGAUACGCGACCGUAGGCGCAGCGGCCUUUUCCGGUGCAGUAACGCACACGAUCUCAGUGAGCGUCAUCAUAUUCGAGAUGACCGGUCAGAUAACUCACAUCGUGCCGAUCAUGAUCGCCGUACUGAUAAGCAACGCGAUCGCUGCUCUCCUACAGCCGAGCAUCUACGACAGUAUUAUAUUGAUCAAGAAGUUGCCGUAUUUGCCGGAUCUACUGCCUUCGAGCUCGGGCAUGUACAACGUUUACGUCGAAGAUUUCAUGGUGCGCGAUGUCAGGCACAUAUGGCACGGCAUAAGUUACGAGAAGCUCAAAGAAAUACUGAAAGAAAAUCGAAAAUUGCGAGGUUUCCCGCUGGUCGAUAACCCCGAAUCGAUGAUACUUUUGGGCUCGAUACAGAGGCUCGAACUAAUUAAAUUGAUCGAGAAGCACAUUGGUCGCGAGAGACGUCUUCAGGUUGCACAAAAAAUGCACAAAGAGGCUGAGGAACGAGCCAGAGAAGAGAUGGAAAAGCAGCUCAGAGAGCAAGAGAGAACUCGGAGGCCCUCGAGAUUCGAAGUCAUUCCGGCGCCGGAUAUCCUUAAAAUGCAACGCCAGAGCGUCAACGAUUUGUCCAUGACUCCUGGCAAUGGAGAAAACCCUACAUAUCAUUCGCCGAUUUUUGGUUGCCAACCCAAGAAGUCGAUAUUAAAGAAGACUAACUCGUUCACGCUCAAAGGGUUCAGCCCACUGGUCAGUCCAGCGGUCACUCCUUACACCACCGUCACCGGUGCCGAAAGCAGAAUUCGUCUCGCAUUCGAAGCAAUAUUCCGAAAAUCGGCUACCCUUCAGGACGUCGAUCCCGAUCCGGAGUUGGGCUCGGCUAACAACGUUGCAGUCACGAGACGAGAGAGCGUCGACGAGAUGAAUCCUCAGCCGCACCAUCCGAUGCUGUCCACCAGUUCGGUAACUUCGAAGAAGGUCCAACUGCCACGAGAAAGAGUGAUCGAUAUGUCGGCGGAAGACCAAAAACGGUGGGAGGAAAGUGAAAUGGCCCUGGAGGUUGAUUUUUCACGAUGCCACAUUGACCCGGCACCGUUCCAGCUGGUCGAACGAACUUCGCUCCUCAAAGUUCACAGCCUUUUCAGCAUGGUCGGUGUGAAUCACGCUUACGUCACAGCGAUCGGUAGAUUGGUCGGCGUCGUUGGUUUGAAAGAGUUACGUAAAGCGAUAGAAGAUGCGAAUUCGGGAAUUUUGCCGAUACACCAGGAGAUGCACGGGACGAUAUCGGAGUCGAGUUUGCCGCGAAGCGAAGUGGAGGAGCCAGCGGCAGAAGGGAAGCAAUCGACGGACAACGGUGGUGUAAUUGUGACAACAGCCUUGAACGCGACAAACACGGAGGAAACCGACGCCAUGGACGACAAGCUAGAAAAGGUCUGAGCCCUGAAAGCAGCUGCAUUGAAAAAAGUUACCAAACGCUACGACGAGAGACAAAAAAUGAACAAAAAAACGUGUAACAAAUUGUGAUAGUCGCGUCGCGAGGGGGUCGCGACGCGACCUGAUGAACGUGAAGUUUUACGGGACGCCAACGAAAGAAUUUUAAUUGUGAACAAAAGUAACUGAACACGAGCAGUGUGCAGACAAAAAAACCAAAUCGAUACGCUGAAGUUUUAUUUAGUAACGAAUCGCCUUUAAUUUAAGUAGAUAAUUGUUGUUAUUAUUAUUGUUAUCAAUACGCAUGAGAUGAAAGAGGAAAAGAAAAGAAAAGCGUAAUCUCGAGGAUCCCGUAUCGAUCUUGAAAAAUGGUUAAUGGUCGUCGCGUCAACGUUUUCAUGUACGUAAAUAUUUUUUAUUUUCAAUUUUGUGAAAAAAGGUUUGGUAAAUUCACAGUUUACUAGUGAUUUUCCGGGCCGGGCCUGCCAAUCGUUCAUUUUUACAUUCCAUCCGAGAACCCUUGACGACGAGGAUAAUCAUGAGAUUGUAGAAAAUAUGGAAGAAACGUGCGAUAAAACUCCAUCGAAAUUUCAUCUCGUUCUAUACAACACACGUGUAUAUAUUUACAUACAUAUGUGUGCGUGUGCGUGUAUAUUUAUAGCAAUAAAUAAAAUAAUGUCGUUGCGAUUGUUUUUAUCAAGCGCUGAGCGCGUUCCUCCUUCGAUGAUUAUUUGUAAAAUGCGUUGAUCGCCUCCUUUUCGUCACCUGUAAAUACUGUAAAUGCUCGAUAAAAAGACAUUAAAGUUAAUUUAUUCAAUUCGCA